CAAAGGAAAACCCGCGGGCAGCGGACACAGCGGACGGACUCGACUCCUGGCUUACGCGCUGAGUCACCUCCGGGGCCACCUGAUAGUUCGAUAAAGAAUUUGUCCUGCGCUGCGGCGUGUGUGACUGUAAAGGUCCUGUUCUUGUCUAGACUCUACCGCAUCACAACCACGUCCGCUGUUGCAUCGCAUUCUGCGCCUCUCUCUUAUUUGCCCUUGUCCAUUGGCUUCUCUGUCCCGCUGUUUUCCAUUCGUUGCGUGUGUAUAUUUGUUGCAUUUCGACGUCAUUGUGGCGCUCUCUGCAUGGCCUCCAAAAUUUUGUUGUUCUUUUUACCGGCUUACUCCCGGUGGAUUAUUAUCAAAGCCCGAUUCCUCCCUGCUUAG